AUGCGUGCAAACCAGCGCCGGACGUUCAACAAAUACUCCGCGAUGUUUGAUCCUAACGUCGUUAACCAGUGGGAAGCCAUGGUUCGAACGUGGGAAGAAGACACCAGCAGCCCAGACCCGUAUGAGGAGCCCGCUGCAUCCAUCUCGUAUGCGACCACAAAGAAGCAACUCAACGAAGAAGAGGCAAUCGAGGCUCGUCAAGGGGUAUUCCCGUCCCAUGACGUUACCCCGGGCGUGUUCCUGCAACUCGGACUGGAAAUCGAGGAUCAACAACGAGCACUGACCGUGCGGGCGGCGUCUGGAACCAGCAUUUCGGAGCUAGCCGGCCAGCAAGAAAAGCGCAACGUUCUGAUGCGGCGAAUAGACUCAUGGCAGGCUAUGCAAGACGUACACAUGCCUGUGGCCACCCCCUUACGCGCGUCCCCUUCCGACCCGUCCUCCACGACACAACUGCCCACUGGCACGGUUCCUAAGGCCGAACACAUCAAACUGUGGCUUCCAUCUAUGCUUCCCGCUCCCCUCCUUGCCAUCGACUCUCUCAAGGGCCUCCGGCAGAAGGAGGCCCGCCUCCGGCACGCCCAGCUCUCUGAUAGCCUUGACGACAUCCGCCGCAUGCGACGUGUAUUGGCCGCCAUCGCAGACUACAACAAAACGAACGUCGCCGGGUCAGGUCAGCGCGCGACCACUCGCAUGCAGGAGCUGUACGCGCGUUUCCGCGCUAAGGAACGUCGCGCAGUCAACCGAUACCGGGCUGCACGCGCUGCGAUGCAGGUACUCCAACCUGACGGCGACUGGACAUCUAUCUACCGUCCGCUCCUCGACGACGACCUGCGCGGGCCUCGCAAGCAGGACGACGACCUCGACGGUGUGUUCGCGAGCGAAGGACGUUACCAAAUCAGCUGGAUUUGGUUGACUCCCAAUGCGAACAAGAACCCCUCUGACGACGAAGCAACGCGCCCCGCGACUGCUGACAAGUUCUCCGCGAGCAUGCGCACUGAAUGGGCGCGUAGUCGAGCUCGCGCGCACCGUUGGGAGGAGGAGGAGCAACUGCUCCUGGAGGAGAUGCGCCGCGUGAUCGUGUUUUUCGCGUGGCGUGCAUCCUGGUGGCGCGAGCAGGCGGGAUGUCGGGAGGGCCUGAGCGAACGGUUAGGUCGAGGCUUGGCCAUCUACGCGAGGCGACAGGCCACUUGCUUUGAGGGCCUCGCGACAAGGUGCGGAGCUCGGUGGUACUCCUAUCUCAAAACACGCGGCGCUGUGCCCGAGUGGCUUCAGCGUUACGCGGCUGUUGCAGUGCCAUAUCAUCCGCGGAGGUCGCUCGCAAAAAUGCUUCGUGAAUACGCUCUACACGACGCGGCACCGGGUGAUGCAGAUUCGUCGGCUUGCGACGACGACCACGACGAUGACGGCUACACAUCUGGGCUCGAUUAG